AUGACAUCCGCGACAAAGCAGCUCACCAAGGCUGCCCGCAUCAUCCUCGUCGGCGCCCCCGGCGUGGGGAAAGGAACACAAACCGAAAGACUCCUUUCACGAUUCCCCCAAUUAGCAUCGAUAAGCUCAGGCGACAUCUUACGGGACAAUGUGCGCAGGAAAACGCCAUUGGGCCUCAAAGCGGAGGCCGUCAUGCAAUCCGGCAACCUCGUCCCCGACUCAAUGAUGCUCGACCUGAUCUCCUCCGAAUUCAAGUCCAAGGGCUGGCUCCCAAACAACACUCUCUCGUCGCAACCCACCUCCAUCUCCCCCAAUGCCUCCUUCAUACUCGAUGGCUUCCCGCGGACCGUCGCGCAGGCCGGUAGCUUGGACAAGAUCGUCCCCGUGAACUUCGUUGUGCACCUCCUCACACCGCCGUCUGUGAUCCUCUCCCGAAUAGCGUCGCGCUGGGUCCACGAGCCCUCAGGGAGGGUAUACAAUACUGGUUUCAACGCUCCCAAGGUUCCCGGGAAGGAUGAUGUGACGGGGGAACCAUUGACGCAGAGACAGGAUGACUCGAUUGACACGUGGAAGCAGCGGUUGCAGAAGUUUGAGGAGACUAGCAAGGAUUUGCUGGAGCAUUACGACCGACAGGGGUGUUUAUGGCGGGUUGAGGGGAAUAGCAGUGAUGAGAUUUCGCCGAAGCUUUUUGCGGAGGUUGAGCGGAAGUUCUGCUAG